AUGUUUGAAUGUUAUGACUAUAAUGGAUCAGUUCCUGAGGAACGCAACGAGGAUAAUGAAGAGACGAGUGAACUUGAUGAUUUGCCUGCAUUCCGUGAAUACAAUAUUGAUACCCUCAGGAUGGCAACAUCUGGGUUUUCUGUAGAAAAUAUAGUUUCUGAACAUGGGGAAAAGGCUCCAAAUGUGGUUUAUAAGGGGAAGCUUGAGAAUCAGAGGAGGAUUGCCGUGAAACGGUUUAAUAGAUCUGCUUGGCCUGAUGCCAGGCAGUUUUUGGAAGAAGCAAGAGCUGUUGGUCAGCUGAGGAACCAUAGGUUGGCAAAUUUGCUUGGCUGUUGUUGUGAAGGGGAUGAGAGGUUACUCGUUGCAGAAUUUAUGUCCAAUGAUACGUUGGCCAAACACCUAUUCCAUUGGGAAACACAGCCAAUGAAAUGGGCAAUGCGACUUAGAGUGGCUCUACAUCUUGCGCAAGCUCUAGAAUAUUGUACCAGCAAGGGACGUGCUCUGUAUCAUGAUCUGAAUGCUUAUAGAAUUGUCUUUGGUGAUGAGGGCAACCCUAGACUUUCAUGCUUUGGUCUGAUGAAGAACAGUAGAGAUGGAAAAAGUUACAGUACAAACUUGGCAUUUACUCCUCCUGAGUAUCUGAGGAACGGAAGGGUAACACCAGAAAGUGUAAUUUAUAGCUUUGGCACCCUUUUGCUGGACCUUCUAAGUGGGAAACAUAUCCCUCCCAGCCAUGCACUGGACUUGAUAAGGGACAGAAAUAUUCAAAUGCUGACAGAUUCUUGCUUAGAAGGCCAAUUUACAAACGAUGAUGGCACUGAGUUGGUGCGGUUAGCUUCACGCUGUUUACAAUAUGAACCCCGGGAGCGACCAAAUCCAAAGUCUUUAGUUGCUGCUUUGAUUCCUCUUCAGAAGGAUACCGAGGUUCCUUCUCAUGAAUUGAUGGGGAUAGAAGAUGGUGCUGCAGCAUUGCCUCUGUCACCCCUUGGCGAGGCUUGUUUAAGAAUGGAUUUGACUGCCAUACAUGAGAUUUUAGAAAAGCUUGGGUAUAAAGACGACGAUGGUGCAGCUGCUGAGCUCUCAUUCCAGAUGUGGACCAACCAAAUGCAGGACACAUUAAAUUCGAAGAAGAAGGGAGAUGUUGCUUUCCGGCACAAAGAUUUUAGAGCUGCCUCUGAAUUCUAUUCCCAGUUCAUUGAUGUUGGAACCAUGGUUUCCCCAACUGUUCAUGCACGCCGAAGUCUAUCCUACCUCAUGAGCGACAUGUCCCAGGAGGCCCUAAAUGACGCAUUGCAUGCGCAGGCAAUAUCCCCUAUGUGGCAUAUUGCAUCAUAUUUACAAUCAGCAGCACUUUUUACACUGGGAAGGGAGAAUGAGGCACAAGCAGCUCUAAAAGAGGGAUCAACUCUUGAAAAUAAAAAGAACGCAAAUGCCUGA